AUGAGGACGGUAAUUGUUGGCAUCGGAGGGGCAUCGUGUAGUGGAAAAUCAACGUUAUCCGAAUGGCUUACGAGGAUCUUCGCAAACUCAGCCAUUUAUCACAUGGAUAAGCAUUUCAAAGCUGACUCCUAUAUUCCAGUCAAAAACGGUAUCCAGGACUGGGACUGUGCAGAGGCAAUAGACUUUGAUGCCUUUGUAGCUGAUCUAGAACGAUUACCCACACUGCCCGUCGAACAUAUCCUCAACCCAAACCGACCAGUCAUAUCCGACAGUCAAGUCUCACCUACUACUCUACAAUCUCUUCAAUCGCUCGUUGAGAAAUCAUUGCUGAAUAAACCGCCGACGCGGUUCUGGUUCUUGGAUGGGUUUCUGUUAUAUUGUGAUAAACGAGUGAUAAACUUGAUGGACAUCAAAAUCGCACUACAUACGAGAUAUGAGGAGUUGAAGCGUAGGAGAGGACUGCGAGCAGGAUAUCAGACAAUUGAAGGAUAUUGGCCUGAGCCACCAGGAUACUUUGAUAAUUACGUAUGGCCUGGUUACCUCAAGUACAACAUACCGAUAUUGAGAGCUACUGGUGAGCUACCUGAAACCAAGGCGGAUGAAACACAAGAAGGUGCAGAAGAAGUAGUACAGGAGGUCGCAGAUUUAGAGAUUUUCAAUACUGAAGUCUCAUCAGUUGAAGAAGUGGUCAAACAGUCUGUUCAUUGCAUCAUGAAGCAUUUGGAAAAGUGUUGA